AAGUGAGAAAAUAGCCACCACCGAACCCCAGUUCCCGUCCCCAUCACCGGCUGAGCCUCAGCAUCAGCGGCUUUGUCACCCCUUCUGGCCUCAGCCGCAGCAAGCCAUGAGUUACCAACAAUACCCCCAGCAUAACUACGGCCUUGGAGCCACCUUUGUUCCUGGCGGCACCGACGACUACUACAUGCCCACCCCCGAGCUCGUCGCGCCCGCUCCUCAGCGCGUCAUGCAAGAGGACGUUGACCAGAUCCAGAACCAAGUCGCCCACAUGGAGCUCGAAGCCAACGCUCGCCAGGGCUCGGUGCCCCCUCACCUCAUGAACGGCUCAAGCGGAUACCCCCAGAGAAUGUCCAGCAUGGUCAACCUCUCCGCGCAGCCCCACGAUUACAGCCGUUUCUCAGACGGCACCCACGCCGACAUGCCCAACUUCUCGCCUUUUCCGAAGAUCCCCAACCUGCCGAAUGUCCCACCAUCCGACGAGUCCAAGGAACAUAUACUAGAGUCGGCGCGCGUUGGCGUACUCAACUCCAAUGACCCGGAGAUGCAGCUCGCUUGGGCGCAAGACGCGCUCUCGUACUGCGACGCCUCCAGCAUGCACUUGGACCGUAUAUCGAUUGGCAAGACGAGCCGGCCCACAACACCGGCUGUCGAGCACCAAGUUCGACUGGACGCGAUGAACAUAGUCUCGUUUCUUGCGGAUCAGCAUCAUCCAAAGGCCGAAUUUAUGAGGGGUAUGUGGCUGGAGUUUGGCAAGUUUGGAAUGAGGAUAGACAAGAAGGAGGCUUUCAGGUGCUACUCGAGAGCUGCGGACAGACAAUAUUACCGCGCGGAGUAUAGGAUUGGCAUGCUUUUCGAGCAGUCGAACGACCCCGUGAAGGCACUAGUUCACUACCAGAAAGGCGCGGAGGCAGGAGAUUCGGCCUCUAAUUAUCGACUUGGCAUGAUGACUCUGCUCGGACAGAAUGGCCAACCGCAAGAUUUUUCAAGAGGCAUCUAUCUCAUCAAGCAAGCGGCUCAGACAGCAGAUGAGAACGCCCCACAGGGAGCCUAUGUUUUGGGCAUGCUGCAGGCGAGAGAGCUGCCGCAGAUCAAUGUUCCGGAACAGUACCUUCCUUACAACGAGAAGGAAGCAAAGGCAAACAUUGAAAAGGCCGCCUUCCUCGGAUUCGCCAAAGCCCAGCUCAAGAUGGGUGCCGCUUAUGAGCUGUGCACUCUCGGAUGUGACUUUGAUCCCGCUCUCUCUUUGCAUUACAACGCCCUCGCAGCACGUCAAGCUGAACCCGAAGCGGACAUGGCUAUCAGCAAAUGGUUCCUUUGUGGUUACGAAGGAGUUUUCCAGAAGAACGAGGAACUUGCCUACGUUUAUGCCGAACGUGCCGCCGAGGCUGGUCUUGCUACGGCAGAGUUCGCCAUGGGCUACUUCAAUGAAAUCGGCAUCCACGUCCCUGUCAACACAGAAAAGGCCAUGGAGUGGUACGACAAGGCUGCUGCCGAUGGCAACGAUGAUGCCAUUGGUAGAAUUGAAGGUAUCAAGAGGUCAAACACUUUGUCGAAGAAGGAUCACGAGAAAAUCGCCGUCAACCGCAUCAGAUCCUUGCAUGGAUCCAAGAGAGGUCAGAGACCCGACAGAUUGUCCAGAAACAACCAUCAACCAGCAAUGCCUUCGGUGUCAGAGGUGACUCCUAUGUCGCCUGGUUACGGCCCAGGUGCUGUUACAUCUCCCUCCUCUGGCCGUCCUCCACGGAGCUCAUCGGCCGCUCCCUAUCCUCUUGAGGAUAAGCCUCUAGUUGGCGCACCUAUGGAACGUCCAAGUUCGGCGGCGCCAUACCCAAUGGACAACGGGCCUCCUAUGCCGUUCGGCGGUCCUCCCGAGGCUCGCGCGGCUUCAGCCUUCAAUAUCCUCCCGUCCAACGUCCCCACAAGUCCCUCCAAAAGGACGUCACAGGGCCGUCCUUAUUCUAUUGAGAGUAUGGGCCCUGCCGGCCGCGGCCACCCAAUGGCUGGUCGCGGCGCUCCUGGCUAUCGUCAACCUGGAGGUCCUAGCGUGGAGCGCCCCGAACGUAUCUCCGUGUCAUCUAGCUCAGGAGUCCCUCUGGCUGGCUACGGUGUCGGUUCGCCUGAUGGUCGCGGCAAGUUGCAGAAGCCGGGACAAGCCGCUAUGGGAUCUCCUGUACCGGACAUUGGAUUUACUGCACCUGUGUUACCACGCGCAGACCCGAAGCUGCCACAAGGUUAUGAACGCACCAGCACGAUGGCGUCCCCGCCUCCUGGCUCUGGCGUCAUGAGCCCGCGGCCCGGCACCUCUAGUGGCAGACCUGGCACUGCGGGUACUGCUGCUUCCUCGGGAAGCAGGCCCGGGAGCUCUGGUAGACCCACCGGCCCGCAGCACGCGGCGACGGCACCGCCAUCUAAGUUGCAGCAAGCGCAAGCCCCAAGCUCUGGCCCAAGCACCCCCGCACCACAGGUCAAACCAGCAGCGACCACAUCCGCAGUAAAGGGUCCCAAGACAUUCGAAGAGAUGGGUGUCCCGCAAAUCAAGGAGAAUUCGGACUGUGUUGUAAUGUAGAUGAACCUGAAAGAGUUUACGCUGUGGUUGAACAACUUCAGCUUCGACACUCAAAAGAAUGCGUGAACAGUUGUGCGAGGCGAGAGUUUGGACUGGGGAGAGGUGGGAGUGAAAAGAGGAAUGAUAUCACGGCCGU